AUGGGGGGCCUUAGACCCUUCAACAGGCUUCUGAUCCUGCCUCUCCUUCUGACUGUGGGUGGUCUCAGCCCUGUCCAGUCCCAGAGCGAUUGCAACUGCUCUGUGGUGAGCCCUGGUGUGCUGGCUGGUAUUGUGCUGGGGGACCUGGUACUUACCCUCCUCAUCGCUCUGGCUGUAUACUCUCUGGGCCGGCUAGUCCCUCGGGGGCGAGGGGUUGUGGAGGCAGUGAACCGGAAACAGCGCAUCACUGAGACAGAGUCACCUUACCAGGAACUCCAAGGUCAGAGGUCGGACGUCUACAGUGACCUCAACACACAGAGGCAGUAUUACAAAUGA